AUGGUUUCACAGGUAACUCUCAACUCAGGCCAAAAAGACAGAUUACACACAAAACCUUAUCCUCUGCAUUGAAGAGCUAAAAACAAACCGUGACUGUUUUAAUAAGCAAAUCGAAGAAAUUUCCAAUGAAAAACUUGAAAUAGAAAAAGAGCUUGAAAGACUUAAUCGAGAACUUGACAAAGUUAACGGUAAGAAAUAUUAAAGAAGGUUUAAGCAAAAAAAUUGAAGCAAAAAGUGGGUUUGAUAAAGCAAUUGAAGAGACUGAAAGCGCUUAUAAGAAAAUUUUAGAGACUUCGCAGACAUUGCUACAUGUGCUAAAAAGAGAAAAAAUGUCACUAAAAAGUGAGCAGGAUUAG